GAUAAAUCUGUAUAAAUGGCAUCUCUGCUUCUGAGGUUUGUUGCGUUUGCCAACUUCCGCUAGAACUUCACCUUCUUUUCCGUCAAAUUGGAUCAAAGUGAACACGGUAGAUCAAGAUGUCGGCCCAUAAAACUUUUAGGAUUAAGCAAAAGCUGGCCAAAAAGCUCAAGCAAAACAGGCCCAUUCCGCAAUGGAUUAGGAUGCGUACGGGCAACACAAUCCGAUACAAUGCCAAACGUCGCCACUGGAGACGUACCAAGCUGAAGCUAUAAACUGCAUGUCGGUCGGCAUUGUGGAUUGCUUUUUCAGGAGUUGAACAUGUACUUCAUUUCCUCUUUGAAACUCAAGGUGAACGUUGUUUGAUUAAUCUAUUUCGUGAAUGAUCUAUACAUCUACUAAGUUCCAUGAAUAAAAUCAAGCGAAGUUUGGAAGUGAAAA